AUGGCCGACGAGGAUGAACUCUAUUAUCUGCAAGCCGGCUUCGACCUGAAUACACUGACCGUCCCGCGCAUGCGGUCUAUCCUCGUCGCGCACAACAUCCAUUACCCAUCUUCGGCAAAGAAAAGUCAGCUGUUGGAGAUUCUCGAGAAUGAACUGCUACCGAAGAGGGAGAAACUACUGCGGGCGCAAGCCAGAGUGCGGCGCACGAGCAAAGGCAUAACAGAUGUUCCCAGCAGCCAAGAAAGCACCAUAUCUGGGGAUGAGGAAGAUGACAGACAGUUGAUGCCACCCCCGAGAGCUCCGAGGACACCACGCAGCAGGAAGAGCAAGUCAGAUCUCACAGCUGAAGAGUCUGUUGGUCGAGCCCCGUCCACCUCUAAAAGAACUAAAACUCCAAGUAGACGGAGUACUACAAGGACGCCACGCGCAUCGGAUGCUGAACAUACCGAACCGGAGGAAGCGAAGUCGACUGUUCGAAGACCCCGAAAGAGUGCGCCCACUCAGGCUUUCCUGGAACCGGCCGUUAAGAUCGAGGAACCAGAUGCCAGGCUGAAGAGGGAGUCGCUCGAAGCAGGCACCAGCCCUUUUUCAGACGAGAACCCGUUUCAGUCCUGGUCGAGCCCCCCAUCUGCGUCAGAUCGCCGCAAAUCUGCGUCACGCUCCCGAAAGUCCUUGUCAUCGACUACCACCAGUAAGCGCGGACAGACGACGUCUGCAUCCCUGAAGCCAGAAGACUCGCCCCCUUCGCGGUCGGCUGUUUCCUUCCCUGUCUCGAGAGUCACGUCUGCGGACACGGAAGACGGCAUCACAACGACAGAAGAAUUUACUCCUGAUGCUGCUCGCGAGCUUGCAGAGGCCGAGCAAAAUGGCCAGUUGGUGCCGGGGAGGACAUCUACUCUUGUCCGACGAAAGAAGAAGAAGCCCGCUGGGCCCAUAGCAAAGACAGCUCCUCUGGCUAUCCUCACAUCGGUUCUCGCUGCGCUGGGAGCAUGGUAUCGACAAGAGAAGAUCAAUGUCGGUUACUGUGGAGUUGGCGAGCCUAACUGGUCGCUGGCGUCCAAUCCGCAUAUCCCCGCUUGGGUGCACGAAAACCUCCAACCGAGCUGUGAACCAUGCCCGCAACAUGCCGUCUGCUAUCCGAACAUGGAAGUGGAGUGUGAGAACGACUUUGUCCUGAAGUCUCAUCCAUUGAGCUUGAAUGGUGGGGUGCCACUGCCUCCCACGUGUGAGCCAGACAGUGAGAAGCAAAGAAGAAUCAAAGCCGUCGCAGAUCGAGCAAUCGAGGAACUCCGCGAACGGCGAGCCUCAUACGAAUGUGGUGAAGAAGUCACGACCCCAUCCGACCCAGUCGCGCGGGAGACACAGGCGGUCAAAGCUGUGGCCAAGUCUACAAAGUCCCAGCUGGAGGUAACGGAAGAAGACCUUAAGCAGACAGUAUCAAAGAUGAAGCGAAGAGGCAUGACCGACGAGGAAUUUGAGGAUUUGUGGCGCGGGGCCCUUGGUGAUAUACUGGGCAGAGAUGAGGUUCAGGUUACCCAGGAUCGAUCUGGAAGACAGCUCCUCUCCUCCUCGUCGCUUGCAAGACUCCCCUUCACCUGCGCCAUCCGACGAUCGGUACUACGAGCAAUUGCAGAGAAUCGAAUCCCUAUUGCAAUUCUGAUCCUGCUUGUUUCGGGAUUGGCGUAUGGUCGCAGCCAGAUCAUCACUUACAAGCAAAACACGGCGCGGAUUCCAGGUCUGGUAGCCACCACAUUGGAUAGGUUAGCCACCCAAGCUGCACUGAAUCAAGAAGGGCGUGCCUCCGAGCCGUUCAUCAGUAUUGGACAGCUCCGAGAUGACGUGCUCAGAAGCGUGUUCAGUGCUUCGGAACGCGAGCGCGUCUGGCGAAGCGUGCGGAGGAUUGUCGAAGGGAACUCGAAUGUGAGAGCUGGCAAUCGGGAAGGCGGCAAGACCGGCGAAGUCAGUCGUGUGUGGGAGUGGAUUGGGCCUGUGGAUCUGGCGCCGGGACUGGAAGGGAGGAGAUCCGGCGGUUUGAUCAAGGGGAGCAGCAGUCCUGGUGAGGCCAGUCUGGUGAAGCACGAGGACAGGUCAAGUUUGGAGACGAGGCGGUGGGAUGAAGGCCGGGCGAUUUAUUGA